AUGUUGGUAUUUUCCCCGACGCCCCAACAUGUGGACGUCAGUCGCACGCCGUCCUAUGGAUCGCAAGACAACCGAUCGUGCGACACUGAAAGCACACCCCUCCUAGGUAACAGUGAUUCCGGGAACAGCGGUGUAUUCGUCAAAGAAAUGACUGUGGAUAUCAAAGGAAACAUAAACAACUACUUCAGAAACAAUUACAAACAAUUGUUUCAUCAUUUCAAAAUCGCCAUCCUGCUGAUUCUCACUGUUGUCUUCUGUGGUAUUAUUACUGCUAACGAGGAGACUGAUGAAAAAUUUUGGACCACCUCCAUUGACAAUACCACGCCAAUAGUGUCAUCAUUCCAUGAUGCUAACGGAGCCUUGAAGCUGACGUUAGACGGCCCCGUGAACCCAAAAGGAGACAAGAGCGUGAACAAGACACGUUCAUUCAUCACGGUAGAGGUUCUCCAAGACAAUAGUACCAAUGUACUAGAAACAAAGAUGUGGGAAGUAAACAGUGCGAUUAUCUUAGAUGAAGCAUCUGAGCAGGUAGAACACAAAUUCUCCAACGUCAGUGGAAGGGCCAGUGUCAGUCUAAGAUUUACGACCAAUUCUUCCGAGAACUUCGCCGUCAGAUGGAAGCUGCACGUGACACAUGACAGUGAAAUCAUCAUCGCAGCAAUCAUCCUCGUCUUCGUUUACAUUCUCAUCAUAUUUGAGCUUGUCCACAGGACCAUUGCGGCCAUCAUCGGUUCUCUGGCGGCUGUAGCUGCCCUUUCCUAUUUUGGCAAGCGACCACCCCUGGAGGUAAUCAUUGCCUGGAUAGACAUGGAAACACUCAUGUUGCUAUUCGGAAUGAUGAUACUUGUCGCCAUAUUUUCCGAAACAGGAUUUUUUAAUUUCUUUGCCCUGAAGGCUUACAAGAUGGCGAAGGGCCAGAUCUGGAGUCUCGUCACACUUCUGUGUCUAUUCAGUGCUGUUGUCUCUGCAUUUCUCGACAACGUCACAACAAUUCUUCUUCUUACUCCAGUCACGAUCAGGUUGUGUGAAGUGCUCAAUCUCGAUCCGAAAAAUAUACUGAUAGCGGAAGUGUUAUUUUCCAACAUCGGAGGAACAGCUACUGCAGUGGGUGACCCGCCAAACGUCAUCAUUGUUUCCAACAAAGAAAUGUCUGAAAAGGGUAUCGACUUUGCCGAGUUUACCUUACACAUGGCAGUAGGGAUAGUCUUCGUGGCCUUCGCUGGGUACGCGGCUUUACGGAUUUAUUACCGAAAUAUGAAAUCUCUCCAAAAUAAGGACCCACCAGAAAUAUCAGAGCUGAAGCACGAGAUUGAACUAUGGAAGAAAGCUGCUGCUCGAGUGUCCGUUGUUUCCAGGGAGGAAAGUAUCAUGAAGGCCCUCUUUCUACAGAAGUCUGCCCAAAGAGAAAACACGCUCGUGCGUAGACUGUACAGAAUCAAGCGUUCGGAGAUUAAGGACUUCCAGCAAAAUGUUGAAGAUCUGGAGAGAAAGUAUUAUAUCACGGAUCCGUGGCUGUUGAUAAAGAGUAGCAUUGUCCUCGCUGUAGCCAUCCUCUUCUUCUUCCUCCAGUCCUUUCUGGACGGAAUACAUCUCAAUAUAGGUAAAAAUAUGUAUAAACUACUACUGUUGAUUGUACUUGCCGAUAUCGAAGACAUGGAAAAUACAUUACACAAAGUGGAAUGGGCUACUCUCAUAUUCUUUGCGGCUCUCUUUGUUCUGAUGGAAGCCCUUAAGGAGCUGCAGCUUAUUGACUGGAUAGGGGAUCAGGUCAGUGCAGCCAUUAAGAGUGUGGAUGAGGAACAGAGACUGACGGCUGCCGUUAUGGUCAUCUUGUGGGUGUCCGCCUUUGCGUCCAGUUUUAUAGACAAUAUCCCCUACACUACAGCAAUGAUACCUGUGUUGAUCCAUCUGGAAGAAGAUCCAGAUCUGAACCUUGACCUGCUGCCCCUAACCUUUGCCCUGGCAUUCGGUGCCUGUCUCGGAGGUAACGGUACUUUGAUCGGGGCUUCAGCAAACGUAGUAUGUGCAGGCAUAGCGGAACAACACGGUUAUGGGUUUACAUUUACCGAAUUCUUCAAGGUUGGCUUCCCAAUGAUGAUCGUAACCAAUAUUGUGGCAAUGGCUUACCUAGCGAUAUGUCAUCUUGCCUUUCAAUGGCACUAA